AUGCCUUCAGCUGAAGUUUUGUAUCGAGCGUCGGAGGUUCUGCCUCUGCCCCUCGAUGACCUGGAGAUAAUGCGGCGCAGUCGGGCAAUCUUGGGCAGGAGGCUACUCCCUCACCUUGGGUCUGCCGUAGUCGGGGCAGCGACUCAGCCUGCUCCCAGCCCUGCCCUACACGCCGCUUCUCCUUCCUCUGCCGCCUUGAGCCGAGGUCGGGGCCAAGCCACUCGCCCGGUCAGAAGCGCCUUCCGAGGAGCCUCGCGAUCAUCCAGACGCGGUCGCGCAGCUCUUCAUCGCGCAGGUCCGAGCUCAUCCGGACGGGGCGACACAGACAGGGGUGCGGCGGCCUCUUCCCUGGGUCAGCCUUGCUCUGAUGAUUCUGACUCUGAUAACCAGCCCCUGCUUCACAGGCGGCGUCGAAGACCAGCUUCUCCUAACCCCUACAGGGGGCGACCAGCUGCGUUCCGCUCUGCUCCUACUACUGCAGAGGGAGACAGCCCCGACGAUCAUCAAAACCCGGUGCCCACUGAGCCUGUUCCUGAGCCAACUCCGGCCCCUCCUGGUGCUGACGCCGGCCCUUCUCAACCUUCCUUCUCCGCCCGCCAUCGUUACAGGACUACCAUCCCCUCUGAAGCUGCUCUAGCUCGGCGGCCCGACGCCCCCGCAAGCCUCCUGAUGAUGAAAGGCUGUCUCGACAGUUUGUGGGCAGAGAGCAUGGAUCAAAUGGGUGACGCAUCUCCAUUAGCCCAGAUGGACAGGUUCUCGAAGUCCUGGGCUAAAACUCAUGCAGAAUCCCUAGUGCUGAACCAAUCUUUCCACACUCUUCAUCAUGAAAGCAAAGAACUCCAGGAGAGAGUCUCUGAAUUAGAGUUACAAUUGAACGACCCCGCCCAGGCUAGUUAUGUUUUGCGAGCGGAGAUUCAGGCCCUAACCAAUCAGACCGACCGACAGAAACGGUCCCUGAUACAGGUGAAGGAUGAGCUCCGAGCUAUGAGGGAGGAGAAAGCUGCAUCUGAGGCGGGGUUUCAGCAGCAACUAGCCCACCAAGCUCAGGAAAUACAAUCCAAGAAUACUCUUCUGCAGGACAAGAACAAUAAACUGGAGGUCCAGGCGGCACAGUUGGAGACUCAGGCAGCUGAAUUGCGGGAGCUGAAAGCAGAACUGUCACAGUCCCGAGCGGCGUUAACUGGGGUAUCCACCGCCUUAACCGUCUAUCAAGAAGGAGAGGAGGACCGCUGGGGCACGCUUGGCUACGACCGUGCCCUAUACGACGGCUGGAGUCAUCAGGCAACUGCACGCACAGGGCUUCCUGAGCUCUAUCCCUCCAACAGACUUCUUGAAUCAUGA